UGAAAUUAUUGUAUCACUUCUGUUAAACUGUAACCGUCUUUUUUCUCUGUUUUACAGCACGAAGACUGAAUUAUCUAGCUGUGUAUAUAUUAAUACACUGUCGUGUAUGUAUGCCUUUUAUAGAAAUGACUCUUGGAAUAUUCAUUGAUAACUCAAAGAACGAAAGCAGCAAAUAUUCGUGGAACGAUGAAGAUGUCCAAAUUUUCAAAAACAUGAUAAGAAAAGAGCAAAUAAAUUGUCGCAUGGACGACAUAUUCCUCUUGGGCUUCCUCAGAGCUCGGAAAUUCGAUAAAGAAAGGGCUAUUAAAUUAUUAAAAUCUUACUACUCAGCAAGAGAAAGUUACAAGGAUAUCUUUAAGGAUUUCAAUCCUUUGGCUGUAAAAGAAUAUUUAGAUACGAAAAUUUUGGGAUAUACUCGACAGACUGAUCAAAAAGGACGAGUUAUAGGAUUUGGAAGAUGCUCUAUGUGGGAUCCUAAUAAAGUUCACAUUAAAUCAGUAUUAAAAUGCACAUUGAUGAUUUGUGACUUGAAUAUAAAUGAACACGUAAUGCAAGUCAAUGGUUUAGUUUUGAUCUUUGAUGCUAAAGGCUUAUCCUGGAGGCACAUUGUUCAACUUACCCCAAACACUGUUUAUUCCAUCGCUUCUUUAAUGUUUGGUUCCAGUCAAAUUAGUUAUAAAGAAAUUCACAUGGUCAAUGUUGGAAAAUUAUUAUACAUUUUUCUGUCAGCGUUUAUGCCAUUUUUACCACACAAAAUCAGGAACAGAAUUCACCUCCACAACUCUGGAAUGGAAUCAUUGCACAAGUUUGUUGAUCCUAAGUAUUUGCCUGUCGAAUAUGGAGGAGAAUUGCCACCUUUGGAUCCAACCGAAUGUAAUGACAGACUACUAGAGUACCAAGAAUUCUUUGAAGAAAGCGAAAAAUAUUGGAACAAAAGUACAGUAGAAGCUCGUUAAUCCGGAACCUAAGGAACCAGAAUGGUGCCGGAUUACCAAACAUAUUUGUAUUUUUGCAAAAUUCGCAUUGCUGCUCAUUUUCUAUUAGUGUACGCUGCUCUGUGAUUCCAAUUUGUUUACGUACGCUCUUUAAUUAGUCUGUAAAUGAUACAAUGCAUGACUAAACUGUAUUACUAAUGAUCGAAAAUCCUACAAGAAGGUUUAUGUUGUACAGAAUCAACACUCGCAAUGAUUAUGUACAGAUAUUUAUUUUCUAGGCAUUUGCUAUAUACAUACGAUUUACAGAAGUUUCAUCGGCUAUUUUCACAGGGUGCCAGAUUACGGAAUGCUUUUGGGUCUAUCGCGUGCCGGAUUAACGAACGUCUACUAUAAAUCUGGUAUUCUUAUAGGACAAGCGACUUUUGAAAUAUAAAACCCACUUGAUGAUUCACAAUUAAUUUUUUUCAUCUAUUUGUAUCAUUGAUAUUUCAGCCAAUCUUGGACCUAUGCAAGUACCCAUAGGUAUUCCAUCCUUCUGGGUAUAGAAUUUAUUUUCGAACUGAAAAUAGUUGUUUUUAAUUAUAAUUAAAAACAUAAAGGCAUAGAAUCUUACAACGUGUAUGUAGAUGAUUGUAUUAUAAUAUAUGAUACAAGGAAAACGAACGAACAAAUAAUUAAAAAUGAAGUUAAUGAGAUAAAAGA